CGGAGGCGGUGGCACCCGGGACUAAGCCGGUGAUCUCGGAAGGAGAGAGGAUGGCCUGGUGGGGCUCUGACACCCCGCGUUCCUGCGAUUGCUUUGUUUCGGUGCCGCCGGCCUCGGCCACCCCAGCGGUGAUCUUUGCCAAGAAUUCUGACCGGCCGCGGGACGAGGUGCAGGAGGUGGUGUUUGUACCAGCAGGCACUCAUGCCCCUGGGAGCCGGCUUCAGUGCACCUACAUUGAGGUGGAACAGGUAUCAAAGACUCACGCUGUAAUCCUGAGCCGCCCUUCUUGGCUGUGGGGGGCUGAGAUGGGCGCCAAUGAGCAUGGUGUCUGCAUUGGCAAUGAGGCAGUGUGGACCAAGGAGCCAGUUGGAGAGGGGGAAGCCCUAUUGGGCAUGGAUCUACUCAGGCUGGGUCUAGAACGGAGCAGCUCUGCCCUGGGAGCCUUGCAUGUGAUCACAGACUUGCUGGAGCGCUACGGGCAAGGGGGAAGCUGCCGGGAGGACCCAGCCCCAUUCUGCUACCACAACACUUUCCUGCUGGCUGACCGGACUGAGGCGUGGGUGCUGGAGACGGCAGGGAGGCUGUGGGCUGCACAGAGGAUCCAGGAAGGGGCCCGCAACAUCUCCAAUCAGCUGAGCAUUGGCACAGACAUCUCCGCCGAACACGCAGAGCUUCGGACCCAUGCCCGGGCCCGGGGCUGGUGGGAUGGGCAGAGCAUGUUUGACUUCGCUCAGGUCUUCUCCCUGGCCCAGCAGCCGGUGCGCAUGGAGGCUGCCAAAGCCCGCUCGCAGGCUGGGCAACAGCUCCUGCAGCAGCAACAAGGAACAAGGAGAGCGGCAUCUGCAUGGACUCUGGAGGCUUUCGCACCACGGCCAGCAUGGUGUCCAUCCUGCCCCGGGAUCCCACGCAGCCCUGUGUCCACUUCCUCACCGCCACACCAGACCCAUCCAGGCCCCCCAGGUGCUGUCCCCCACUUUUGGAGCACAGGACCCCGUUCGGGCCCAGCCCCGAUUCCAGACUCAGGUGGAUCGCCGUCACCCGCUUUACCUCCGGCACCAGGUGGCCCUCGGGCUGAUGGAGAACGAGCAGGAUCGGGGGCAACGGCUCCGGCAGCAGCAGCGGGAUCUGGAGCAGGAGGGCCUGGAGGCUGCGCGGCGGCUGCUGGCCGGGGACUGGGCUCCAUCCCCGCAGGAGCUGGGCGGCCUCUUCCAGGCCUUUGUGGAGAGGGAGAGCCAGUUGUAUGUCUGAGCACCACUGGGACGUGGGGGCACAGCACCCCUGGGGUCGUAGGAUCAGCCCAGUCCCUUUGCUCCCCUCAGCUGUGUUUCGGUGGCCAGCUCACCUUAAUAAAGUACGUCAUUGCCCUGUUUGGUGAACUUGAUCCCAGGUCUGGCGGGGGCAGGAGAGCCAAGUGAGGGCAAAGGGCAGCCCUGAGCUGCCUACAGGGCUUCUGCUGGCCUUGCCGGGCAGCACGGUCUUCUCACUUGGGUGACGGGGAGGAGAUGGAGAAGGUUGCGGAAGGGGCCCGCGAGGAGAGGUGGCCUCCCCCGUGUGUGAGCGUGUGCGCACAAGAGGGCAUGCCUGGCGCACGAUGGGGCCACCGUCUGGGAAGGAUUAGAACCAUGGGGUUUUUGGUCUUUGGCUUGAACCCUGGAAGGGCAGUCCCUAGGAGUGGCAGUGAGAUGGCUUCUUCCACAAGGUGAUGCCCGCUCAGGCCCCAGGAAGCCGGGUGGGUGCCUGAGGUGUGCCAGCCCUUCGGGUAGUUCCCAGGUCAGACACAUGCUCUUUAGAAUCAGGUUCUGUGUUUCUGUGACUGUUUCCCGCUUCCUUGACUGCUUG